GGGAAUCAUUAAUUAAUUGGAGGUUCGUCCAGGGUUUCCUAGUUUGUCUGCUCAGUAAUUGUGUUGCACAAUUGAAGGCUCAUUAUUGACGGGUCUAUUGCUUUUACUGAUUAUAUGUAGUUUCUCCUUUAAAGAAGCUGGUGCGGAGUUGAGUUGUAUGGUUUUUUUCUCUGGCACAGACCGGAAAAUGGCUCGAAGGUUUUCUUGUCUUAGUGAACUUGCCUGGAUUUGCAGGUCACUGAAUGGAGCCAAAUUGCAACCACCAAUCCCACCCCAUUCUCACCCACACACUGUACCCCAUGGCAAUUGUUACCCUAUGCUCCAAUUUCAAGCGUUGAGAUCAUAUGCACGUAACAGACGUUCCAACUAUGAUCUAUUUGGUGGUGGUAUACCUAAACCAGAUGAGUUUAAGAAAGCGUGGGCAAAACAAAUGGAUGAUGAAGAGAGCCGUCUUUGGACAGCAAGUGAAGAUGAAAGUGACUCUGAUAAAGGUGAUAGUCAUAGCCGUCUCAAAAAAGAGAUUAGGAAAGCCAAACAGCGAGCAAAAGAGCAAGAUGGUCCUAUUGAUGCAGAUGAUAGUGACGAACUGAGAAGUCUGUGGUCUGAUAGUGAUGAUGAGAAGACAUUAUGGACCGGCAGUGAAGGAGAUGAUGACGAUGAUAUUCCGACUGAGCCAUACCCUAACGAAAAGAGUGAUAAGUACAUUGAUAAACUGUUUGAGUUUGAGGAAAAACCUAAAUACAGAACACUCUCUGAAGCCUUGAAAUCUGAGCAGGAACCUGAAGAAUUAUCUCCUGGAAAGCAAGCUAGAAAACUUGCAGUGGAAAAUGCACUUAAGAAACUGAAAAAGGGACCCGAUGGACGUUACAUCAAUGUUUGGGAGGUUAUGAGCGAUUUGGACAUUCUGAUUGGUGCUUUUGAGAACAUCAUUUCAGGACCAGAAUAUGCUGAAUUGAGACAGGGAGGACCUAAAAAAUUGAAUAUGCAGUUUUUCAAAGACAUACAAGCUCGUAUGAGAGAUCCAAACUUUGAGUUCUCUCCUGAAAUGAAAUUGAAACCAAAGAGCAAAUUGGUACGUAGAAAGAAAUGGCAGAAAACAGAAUCUAGGCGCAGGAAAGCACGGAAACGAUAGCUUCAUGGCGCCUUUGUUUUUAGCAUCUAAACAUUGUACUGAUAGAUUUGUGUCUUAAUCGCUGAUUCCAAAUCUCUAUAGCUGUUAGAUCAGAGAUAAUUCACGUCCAGAAGAAGAUGUCAGCGGUUGGUGGAUUUGUUUAAUGACUGCUUUCUGUAAAUUCUUUAUGAUUGCUCUAUGCAAGCCAUUUACUUAGAUU